AAAAUCACUCGAGUCCCAUCACUAAUCCACUUGUGUACGGUGUCGUUCAUUACUGAAUUGGGAAUUUUUAAAAUUAUUAUUUAUUAUCAUAAUUAUUUGUUACUUUUUAAAUUUUGUUCUAUAAUAUUGUACAUUUUUAAUUUGCCGUUAGUAUAGUCAUCUGACUUUAUUUUGUAAUAGGAACUUAUAAAGUGCCUUAAUAUCAAUAUGGUGUCGAAUGUGGAAAUCAAAGGUUUUCAGGAAUUUGCAAAAUAUACACAGAAUAUAGAUCCUAACGGUCCUCCAGUAUUUUUUUAUUUUAGUGGUGAAAAAAGCGCAGACGGCAAUAGUUGGUGUCCAGACUGUGUAGAAGCGGAACCCAUUGUGAAAGCAUAUCUAACUGAAUUGAAGAAGAGUGUAAUUUUUGCAUAUGUUGAUGUUGGGAAUAGAGAAUACUGGAAGGACAAAGCCUGCCCCUUCAGAACGGAUAGUCGAACACGACUCAUGGUGAUCCCAACUAUUGUUAAAUGGAAGGGUGUGCAAAGACUAGAAGGGGAGCAAUGUACCAAAAGGGAACUACUGCAGAUGCUUUUUGAAGAAGAAGACUAAUAUUUUGUAAUUAAUUAGUCACUUUUGUAUUGUAUUGCGCAUUGUAUGUUAUGUAUAAAAUAUAAUCAUAAGCUCUAUUGUUAAUAAAUAUAUUUUUUCAUUAACAA